AUGACGGACGCAAUAAAACCGCCUGCCUAUAUGGCUCAUCUUUUAGAGGCUUUGGGAUGGAAUCAAGGAACUAGAAUUCCUUUGGCAGAUUCAGCAAAUAAAGAGCUAGAAUCCGUAUUAAUUCAGAGACAAACUGAGUUACAGCGUUUAAAAGAAGCUUUGACUUCGCAAAAGCAAAAGCGCGAAGAUCUUAACAGCUACAAAAAACAUGUCCACACCGAAUAUCAGGAAAAUACUCGCCUAUUAUUUGCACAUAAACAGCAGAUGGAACAAGAGGUGAAACUGCGGCAGUUAUGUACCAAUGAGGCAGAUAGACUGGACAGAGAUAUGCUGGACUGUAACAAGCAGAGCAAGGAUAUCCAGGCUAGGAUUGAUAGGCUGCAAAACCUGAUUACCACAUACUUGAAAAAGGCUGAUUCUAUGAAGACCGAGGUGUGUGGUGAGCGUGGAGCCUUAGCAGAGUGGCGAGCAGCACUUGAGAGAUAUGCCUGUGAUAUCACAGCUAUUGAGCAGUUUACCAAACAGGAUAUUUCUAAAGCUAAGAAAUUAGAGACUAAAAGACAGAAGUUGAAACUGGAACAUGACCGCAUGCAUGAAAGGCUGGUGCAACUGGUCUCCAACCUUAGUGCUGAAGAACGCGCUUGUGACAGGAUCUCAAUACAGGUGAUGGAAGGCAUGGAGGAGAGGAAACAAAUGAUGUCAAUGUGGACUGCAGCCGUCGAGAACUUGAGGCAACGCGACAAGGAUAUUAGACACAUUCGGGAGGACUAUGCAGUACUGGAGGCUGAAGCGAAUAACUUGGCGGAGCAGUGCCGCGAACAGCAAGCGUUCUGCGACCAGCAGCGCGGCAACAACAACGACGCCAGGCUAGAGAACAUGGCGCUCGCGUCGCAGCUCAGCCAGAUACGCAUCUCUCACCAACAACUCAUAGAAAUCAAUGCCACGCUUGAUAGUGAGGGAAAAAGUCUUCAGCGUGAAUUGAGUAACAUGCGCAACAGUCUGGAGAAGCUUCACGCUGAGAACAGAAGUAUUAUGAACGAGCAAUACCGUAAGGAUACUGCUCUCAAGGCGGCCGAAAAUAAGAUCACAGAAUUGAAAGAAAAGUUGACGGAUUCUAUGGAUAAAACAAAGUCAUCAGAGAAGAGAGCUAAGGAGCUUGAAGAUAUACUGAAUGACGAGGAGCGCUACGCGAGUCAGAUAACGACGAACCAACAGCGCGCGAUGCACUGCUCCUUUGUGGAACAACAGAAACUACUCAACCUUCAAAACGAAGAGAAACUGUUUUUUAUGCACCUUAAAUCUUCCAAGGCAAUCUGCAGUAAGUUAGACUCCAAGAACCGCGGCAUGCAAAGACUACUGCAGACGCAAAAAGAAGCGCUCUAUAAUGUUUGCUACCAAGUGGAGACUAUCGGCGCCCGAGUGUCCCACAUGGAGGGCGCGCAGGCUGAGCGGGAGUGCUCCGCGCUACUUGUGUCCAGGGAGAAUAGAAUGAAGAGCGUAUAUGCCCGCCACGCCGCACGCGUGUCCUUGCUAGAGCGUCACUCCGCCAAGCUGCACGAUGAUAUGCGCCGCCUUGCCAGGGAGGUCGAGACCAAAUCUGCGGAACAUACUAAUCUGCAAAGUCGUCUAAAAACAGCGAUGUUGAACGUGGAGGGCGGCGAGAAGGAACUGUCUUCAGCUCGCGACGCGUGGCGCCGCGCGCGCGUCGAGGAGGCGCUCAUGAGGCUCAGGGUCGCACACGCCACCCGGGCCCUGUCGGGGCUCGACGAUACUGCCUUCAAUCUCGACGAGCAACGACUGCAUAUUGAUGCUGCGAUGAACGAGCGUCUAGUGGAGAUCAAGGCCCGUCGUGAGAUGUUCAGCGUGCAGAAACGUGCAUUGUUCGAGGAGUGCGGCAAGCUACGCAGCGAGAUACGGGAGCGACAACAACGCAUCGACCAACUUAUUAAGAGAUACUCUAUUUUUGUGGACUCUUUGGGUAAAGAUGAAUCUGGGCAGCAACUCUCUGUUACAUACUUCAAGAUAAAGUUCGCGGCGGAGCGCGCCGAGCUCCGCGAGCGCGGGGCGUCCCUGGACGCGGACAUAGCGCGCAGCGAGCGGGACGUGGCCGCGCUGGAGGCUACGCUGCGGGUCGUGGCCGCCGCGCACCAACACUUCAUGCGACACAUCUCGCCCGUCAGCGAGGACUCACCUGAAAUGGCAGAGCUGAAUGGUUUGCGAAAUCAGUUCUACGAGCUACGCAAUGAGUUCCAAUCGCUGCAGGGGAACAUUGGCCGCCUAGAGCAGUACAUACGGGAUGCUGAAUCACGACUCACCACUUCUGUAGACAAGACCAAACAGCUGGAAAUUAAAAAAGUGGAGACGGAGCAGGAGUUGGAGUCAGCUCGCGACCGCAUGGAGCGUCAGCAGGUGCACCUGCAACACGCGCGCGACAUAGUCAACAACAACGCCAAGCGCGCCAUGAAACUCGUCGAGGGAAUCGAUGAGUGGAGGCUCUUCCAGUUGGUGCUCUGGAACCGUGACUUCUCGGAGGCAGCGCACACAGCCGUCGUAUCUCUAUGCGACCUCGCCAGUAGCUCGCCUGAGAUAGCCUCGCGUUUCGCCGCGCUCAUCUCACUCACAGACCUUAAGCAGCAUGUGCCUAAGAACAUGCGACGACUGCAGAUGCUGCUACAGAAAAUCGUGACAGACGGACAUUCGAUCAGUAAGAAGGAGUCGGCAAUAGAACUCGAAGAAUCCGUGUUCUCAACCUCGUCUUCGUCAAAUAAGAGUGGCGUGAGUAUCGCCAGCGGUUACACCCAGAGACUAUGCGGCUUCCGAAGGCAGCUCGCGCCUAAAGUUAAAGAAGAUGCGUUGAUUGCCGACAUUCCUGAAGAAGCUCGUCGGUCUACUGUAUCAUUGCGAGUUAUUACUCUGGCGCUGGAGUCGUCUUCAGUUCUCAUGGACGGUGCACCAUGUGGCCCUGCAUCUCGAAGAUCUCUUUUGAAGUAA